AUGAUUACAACAAGAUCAAUUACAACUAAUAUAAUCAAAAUAUGGCGUUCUCAAUGCUCUUCAUGGAUCAGAUUUCAAUCUACCUCCACUUCAAGUAGCUCAGUGAAAUCCCAACUAGAUGAAUAUUUGACAUACUAUAAUACAAAGAAAGAGUUGAGACCAUAUAUAUAUAGACCCAAGAACCAUAACAAAUUGUUAACCAUGUCUAUCCCAAUAAAAGAUGAUUAUGGAAACAUUAUCGAUCAUGCAACUCCCGAACCUAAAGAUCCGAUUAGACCCAUUUCUCCAAAACUAUUAACAGAAUAUAUCGAUUCUGUUGAGGAUAAAAAAGAAUUGUUUAAAUGGAUCAAAAAAUGGACUGAUGUCACUCCUCGAAAAAAGGAUGUUUGGAAGCUUUGGAAACCAAAACACUUACAAAAAUUGCUGAUCAAAUCGCUAACUGAGCUUGGUGAAUAUUCAAACGUGCUUGGGUUUAUUUAUUCACAGAAGAAUAAAUUCGUUCAAGCCAAGAAUGGCCAGGUUUUCAAUGUAGAAAAUUUUUUCAAUACCGUACUUUUAUGCACAAUAUUAAGAAAUAAUUUGAUUAAAUCUCCUAACUCUACAAUAGCUCUGAAGAAAUUGAAAACAGCUUGGUCAAUUACACAAUUAAAAGAAAAUAAAACUGGGUUAUCCAACAUAUUAGUCCAAAGUCUGGAACAGAUUCAAAAUUUUAACGUUUCAAAUGAACUAAACGGAUUUGAAAAUAAAAAUCUAGUUCUACCAAACUUAUCAAACUUAGAUUUGAAGCAUGUUGCAUCAAAUAGAAAUAAAAUUAUACAAGAUAAUGAAUUAAUUUAUUUUAUCUCAAGAGCUUUAUUGGAACGUGCAAACCUUAAACAGAUUGUUCUUCCUCCAGAUAUUUUAACAUCCUUGCAAGAAUUUAUUAUGAACUUUAGACAAUUAUUGCCUGAUAAGGAAGAUAAAUAUGAUAAAAUGAUGAAAUCUAUGAAUGAAUUAUAUAAAAGCAAAUAA